AUGGACAUCGCCACCGACCUCCGCGACAUCAUAGAUUGCCCGUCCACAGAAGCCCCUUAUACUGCCCUAAAGGAGGCUCUCAUUUCCCACAUUUCCCUCUCAACGCAAAAACGUCUCCAUCAUUUAAUUUCUGAGGAGGACCUCGGUGACAGGAAGCCUACGCAGCUUCUUAGGCGUUUGGAGCAGUUGGCAGACGGAAAAAAGCUGGAUGCCACCAUGCUCAAGCAACUUUUCCUCCAACGGUUGCCUCUUUCUGUGCAAGCCAUCCUUGCGACUAACAUUCCUUCAUCGACUGUUCAGAUGCUCGCGGAGACUGCUGACCGUAUACUCGAGUACUACCAGCCUCCUGUUACGGUUAACGUCGCUAGUCGAAUCACAACUGCCCCCACAAUCGAAGAAGUCGUCAAACGCCUGGAUGCCCUCACUCUCGAAGUUUCCCAGCUCCGGGCCUCUCGUGUCUAUAACCCUCGUAGUCCUGCAAUUUAUCGCCGCCCGAGAUCGCCCACUCAAAACCAACCUACGGUUGAUGGUUUCUGUUGGUAUCAUCACAAUUAUGAUUCUAACGCCCAUCGCUGCCACUCUCCGUGCAAGUAUAAAACACCCGCGUCGGAAAACUCCCCUGCCGACCAGUAA